AAACCCAUCUGAAGUUUAUCCAUAAAACUUGAGCACAUUCCGAAAAUAAUCAUGACACAGGAGGCCAACAACCAUCUCCAUCCCAGCCGAGUACGGGAGGUCAUCCAAGGUGUGGAUCGUCUGGUCCAAGCAACCAAUCAAGAUCUUCGUCGAUUUCAACAGGAACAGGCCCAACUCCGGGAGAACAUCAAGGGAGUGCGUACGGAGAACGAUACCCUAAGCAGCGAAUUGGCCAGAUACCAAAAGCUAAUGGCCUGUGGAGAUUAUCAGGAUCUUAGCAAGCGUCUAAAGCUAACCAAUGAAGCUCUGGCAUUGUCCAAGCAGCAGGUGAAGCUCCUGGAAAAUGACCAUAGAAACCUACUUUCGGUGCAGGCCUGUUCCCAGCGGACUAUCGAUAACAUGGAGCUGGAGCUAAAGAGAUACCGUGCUCAAUUGCAAGACUCGGAUGACGAGGAGUCUAGCCAGCGUUACGAGAGAGCUUUAAAGAUGCUGGAAGCAAAGGUAAAUGUCCAGCAGAAGGAAAUACGCACCAAGGCGGAAACUAUCAAAGUUCUGCACGACCACCGACAGCGGGAUGGUGAGAAGCUGAGAAAACUGCAAGACCAGCUGCGGUAUUUUGACAAACAUCAGAAUCUAGUCUCUAGCCUCCAGCAUCAGCUAAAGGAAUGCGAGCUCUCUCUGAAAAACACCCGCCAUCUGCUUGAUGCAAGCACGCGUCGAGAGAACAUUGCCAUGCGAAAGGUCCAGGAGGCUCUUACCCUGUUCGAUGAAGCCGAAUUGGCGAGGAUUGAUGCCGAAAAGCAAGCUGCGGCCAGCAAGGAGGAGGUUAACCACCUGGCAGGUACCAUUGGCACCGUCAUGGAAGAAGCGGCCACUCGCGUAGACCGCGAGAUGGAUGAAUUCAAGCAAAGGAUUGUCGAAAAAGACAAGAUUAUUGGUUUAAUAAAGGAAAAAAUGCGGAAGGAGCAGGCCGAGCACAAGACAGUGGUGCAUCAACUGGAAGUAAGAAACAAUCAGCUAGAGCAAAAGUUGAGAGAUGCACAAAAGCAGAAUGUCAAGUUGGAGGACGAAGUUCGGGUGGCCUGCCAGCAAAUAAACGAGCUAGAGCGAUCCGUCAACGAUUUCCACAACGAGGAGGAACAACAUUCUGUAGACAAAAAGCACUACGAGAGUGAAAUAGAGCGCUAUGUGUCGUCCUGCAGGAAGCUUAAGGCCAAUUACCGCGUCGCCAUGGAAGACAUGACGCAACGUUUCGAAGCUGUGAUCUAUAAGCUGAAGAUGGAAAACGAAGAAUUGCAGGCGGACAAUCGUAUGCUCAAGGGUGGAGCUGCGGGCGAUUGUAUCCAGCCAUAGUUCUAUAUCAUUUAACUCCUGUACAGUUGUACAAAGAUAUAUAUUUUUUGAUUGGUAUUAAAUACAUUAACUCGUUUGGGAUUGAACACUA